UGUAAUCAGAGGGUUUGUAAUGACUUACACUGAAAAUGCUGCUUAAUGUCAUGUUUUUUUGCUUAAAUUAUGUCACCAAAAUUAUAAAUUGAUAGUAAGGUCUAUAUAUUAAAAAUAUAAAUAAAAAAACCUAGGUUGAAUCUGUUAGACACAUGACAUGUGAGUGUUAGCUAAACUGCAGCUUUGUUAUGAAUGUCAUUUCUAAACUCUGACACUAAAACUCGUUUAAACACUAAAGCUAAUUGUCUGGCUAUUAGUAAUACUUUAAUAUCUGGUAUUUGUUUUAGUAAACGUUCAUUAUUAUGUUAACACCGAGACUACCAUAUUAGGAAAAAGUUAGCUUCAUUUUUCUGUUUAUUUACUGCGCCCUCUGCUGGUCAACUCUUACAGCACAGUUUGAGUUUAACUUCAAAUAACUGCCACAGUUAUCAAGUCAAGAAGCUUUUAUUGUCAUUUCAACCAUAUAUCGCUGUUACAGUACACAGUGAAAUGAAACAACGUUUCUCCAGGAAGGACUAAGGACUAGUAAGUUAGUCCUAGUCAUAUAAUGUGCAUCUGUGCAAACUGGUGCAAACAGCGCAGGACAAAAGACGUAAAGACGGCGCAGGACAAAAGACGUAAAGACGGCGCAGGACAAAAGACGUAAAGACGGCGCAGGACAAAAGACGUAAAGACGGCGCAGGACAAAAGACGUAAAGACGGCGCAGGACAAAAGACGUAAAGACGGCGCAGGACAAAAGACGUAAAGACGGCGCAGGACAAAAGACGUAAAGACGGCGCAGGACAAAAGACGUAAAGACGGCGCAGGACAAAAGACGUAAAGACGGCGCAGGACAAAAGACGUAAAGACGGCGCAGGACAAAAGACGUAAAGACGGCGCAGGACAAAAGACGUAAAGACGGCGCAGGACAAAAGACGUAAAGACGGCGCAGGACAAAAGACGUAAAGACGGCGCAGGACAAGACAAACAAGGCAGAAAGACAGUGCAGGACAAAAGACGUAAAGACAGUACAGGACAAGACAAACAAGGCAGAAAGUCAGUGCAGGACAAAAGACAAAAAGACAGUCUGAUCAUUUUUUUUUCACAUUAAUGAGUAUAGAUAUGUUAAAAAUAUGCACACAUCGAACAACACUACUGUUCAACCACAGUGUUAGUAUUUUGCAGGUUGGUAUCACCUCAUGUUUACAUGCAUUUUUUAUUAACAAGCCUUUAUAAAACUCUCAGUGGGACCCAGUGCAUGCUAACUGGUCUUUGUGCAUACUAGCUGGUCUGAGUGAUGACAUGCCACAAUGUACAUUGCCUGACUAAUGUUUUUCUUUCCUUUCUUUUCACCAUAAUACACCACAAUACACCACACUCCUUAAAUCAAAUUAAAAUGCCUCAAACUGAACUUAUCUCAACAUCUACUGUAAGCUGUUUCAGGAAACUUAAACAAUUCACACCUUUGAGUAUGAAUAGACAACUUCUUAUUUCCUGAUUCUGAUGGCAUUUCACUAACACUUCUUGCUGUGAAAGAGUGUGUGAGAGACUCACUUUGGUCUUGCUGCUAUUGGACACGCAUCACUAUGGGAAGAGCCAUCUUGUUUUGCAGGUCCUCACUGCUGAUCUUCACCCUGUUUUUCAGUGGCAUUGUUUCAGACAGUGGCUCUGUCAUCAGGAAACAGGGUUUUUCAGUAGUUUGGAACAUGCCCACUUCAAAAUGCCAGCGUGUGUUUGGCGUUUCACUGCCCCUGCACCAGCAUGGCAUCAUAUACAAUGCUGAACAGAAAUUCAAAGGUGAAAACAUAAGUCUUUUUUAUGAAUGCCAACUUGGUUUGUAUCCAUACAUCAGUCAUGAGGGUUUGAGUGUGAACGGUGGGGUUCCUCAGAAGGGCAAUCUUGGCAGACACCUUGCACUAUCAGAGGAACAGAUCCGAGGGCUUCUACAGAAUAGUUUCAGCGGGUUGGCUGUGGUGGACUGGGAGAAGUGGCAACCUCAAUGGAUCCGCAACUACGGAACCCGACAUGCCUACAUUGAUCUGUCUAAGCAACUGGUAAGAGAGAAGCAUCCAGAAAUGUCUGAGGAGGAAGUAACAUCACUGGCAAUGACUGAGUUUGAGAAAGCAGCACGGUCCUACAUGGAAGAAACACUGAAACUCGGAGUCAAGGCUCGUCCCAAGGGAUUGUGGGGGUUUUAUGGAUACCCUGGCUGCUAUAAUGACCAGAGGAGAGUAGACAGUGGGUACACCGGGCAGUGCAAACCUAGAGCAGUGGCACUGAAUGACAGACUGUCAUUUUUAUGGCAGCAGUCCACAGCACUCUAUCCAAGUGUGUAUGUGCACCUCGGUCUAGCGGGACACCCAAACACACGGCUUAUGGUAAGACACCGUGUACUCGAGGCAUUCCGAGUGGUAUCACAGCGUGGACGUGGAUCUCCACAACUUCCUGUUCUACCUUAUGCUAGAGUGGCUUUUACCAGAACACUGAAGUUCUUAAACCAGACUGAUCUGGAGAACACACUUGGUGAGGUUGCAUCUUUAGGUGCGGCUGGUGUAGUGUUAUGGGGUGAAAUGGCGUUUGCCAAGUCCAAGCAACAGUGUGUUCUUCUUCGGGACUAUAUCCGCUCCGUGUUGGGUGUGUACGUGGACGCUCUGCAUCGGGGUGUGGCACAUUGCAGCAAGAGUAUGUGCAGCGAAAAAGGACGCUGUGUGAGACGCAACCCUCAUUCCGGUCACAUGAUUGCCCAGCUCGACACUAGCAGAAAAUCUGACCAUGAUCUUAGGACAAACUUCAAAUGUAUGUGUUUUAAAGGAUGGAGUGGAGAGUGGUGUGAGAACUUCAUGGAUGUGAAGUGAACCCAGUGCUUGUGCCACUUCAAUGUCCUUUCUUAAAUUUUGAAUUUCUGAAAUAUGUAAUCGAUUUUACAUAUUGUAAUAAAUCAGUUCCAGCGCAA